UAAAAAAUAACGACAAAAAGACCAAACAGGAGUUCGAGUUCUCCACCGCCUGAAUUUCUUUCUGUAUCUUUUGUCAUUUCUCCUCUAGUCUAAUUAACCCCGAACGCUCCGGAGCAAGGGAGAAAAUGGCCGGGCAAGGUGGGUAUGGAUCCGGGUCGGGUCAGAGAACCUACGUGGUUGACCGGAGGACAGAAAUCGUGAGCGGUAAAGGCUACGGCGUUGGAGGAAGUAAUCAGAUCUACGGGACUCAAGAUUUUCCUCCGUCUUUGCAGACUCCGCCGGGGGAAGUGGCGGCGCGUAGGAGCAAUGCAUCGUCGACGAGGCCGUCUUGGGGUGUAAACGAUGCAGAGAUGAAGAGGAAGAAGAGAAUCGCGAGGUAUAAAGCAUAUACGGUGGAAGGAAAAGUUAAAUCGACUUUCAAGAAUGGAUUCCGAUGGAUUAAGAAUAAGUGUCGUCAGAUUGUUCAUGGUUUUUGACUUUGCUUUGUAUUCAUUUUUUUUUCUCGGCGAGUUUUGUUGAAGGCUGCCUCUCCCCUCCGUGCAUGCGGUGGUGGUUGCCGGCUUUUUAAGAAUAUGAAUAGUGUUGCUCUGUUUUGCGUUCUGAUAUGGGACUUUAAUUUGAUUUUA